UUCAGUUACUUUUCCGUUUAUUCCAAAGUUGACUAAAUCAGACUCGUAAUCGGCUUGUAAACGAUUGCUAUAGCACUGUUUAUAUAACGUUGAUUGCUGCAGUAGCUAGGCAGUUAAUACCUUGAACAAAAAGUUUUCAACAUUAGUCCACGAAUCAGACCUGGGAAGGUAUAUGUGGACAGCGUCGCGAUUAAUUGCGAAGUGUGUUAGUUAAGAAACUAUUGAGCCACAGGCUUUUAAAGUGUCUAGGACGUGAAAAUUUUCCUACUGACAAUCUGUUGCUGGAAUGCCUCAGGUUAAUGCAGCUGCAGCCCUGCAGAUUUGUUUGCUGCUAUCAGCGCUUCCUGCACAGUAUCUUAUAUCCAGGUGGACUGAGACUACUGCCAGUCAACGUCUUGAUUCAACAAGAAGGCUGGUCAACAGCUGGAACAAUUUCUGCAAGUCUUAUUUAAGUUUGGAGUCAUGGAUUGACUGGGCAUAUCACUGGAUUUCUAAGGCCAGGCCCUGGUUUGAUGAAAGUUAUGAUCCUCAGGGUGAAUCUCCUGCUCUUGAAGUAUUAGAAUAUAAGGCAAAGCGUGGAUAUUUUGGAGAAUCCACAGAGUUGCGUAGUCCAAGACCUAGAUCUGUCAAAUUCCAUGUUGGACAAGUAUUUUUGCAUAAAAGAUAUGGCUACGUUGGUGUGAUUGUAGGAUGGGAUGCAAAAGCCAAAGCCCCAGAGGAAUGGUUGCAGAAAAUGUAUAAAGAAAAUAAAAAGAGUAUGCAAGAUACUCCUCACUACAAAGUUCUUAUUGACACAAGUAGUACAGAAAGUACACCUACAGCAUAUAUCCCACAGCAGGAUAUAGAAAUUCUUAGUGGAAUCCAGGUAAGGAAUCCAAGCUUGAAAUUGUAUUUCAGUGGAUUCAGUGGAUCAAAGUAUGCCAUGCUGCCAUCACUAAGACGCAUCUACCCUCAUGACUGAGAGAGGGAGAGAAACACGCUUUCUUAAAGAAACAAAGUCACAAUGACUGAGCUAAAGUUUAUUUUAAAAAUAGCUUAAACUGACUUAUGUUUGACUACUGUAGCCAUACUGAUCAAUGAAAAAUUGUCAGUUAUAAAUGGAGGCUUGAUAGUUUUGAACAUUAAUUUAUUUGAGUAAUGAAGUGUUAUCAAGAUAUAAACCACCAUAAAUAUUUUCAGAUAUCCCAGCCACAUCUACCAUCACUGAGAGAGUAAGUUUUUGAGGUUUGAAAAUGAGGUAUUUUUACUGUUUAUGUAUUUUUAUUUUUUAAGUGAGGGUCUGCAGGCCUACUUGACCUUACCAAAGCGUAGUAUUGUGGAUUUGACACUAGCAGAUACUGCUGUCACUGACUGCUGAUGGUGGUUGGAAGCAUAGUUAAAACAGCAGCUCUAAAUAAUGCAGAAAUGCAAAGCACAACUCUCAAAGCUUAAAAGCUCCUUUCUAAAGUUUUUGCUGAUAUGCAAACUUACUGCAGUCCUCACACUCUUAGUACUUUAUAACACCCCCAAGAUUUUACAGCUUUGGGGAAGAUGUAUUCCCUCUUCUCUGAUGUUGUGCAGUGUCACAGUUUUAUAUUUAGUUUUGGGUGUGUGCAAGGGAGGGAAUGGUAAUAAAGCAAGCCUUGGCUCUCCUGUAUCUGUUGUCUUUUUUGCUACAUUAAGGUAUACUUUUUUGCUUUGUGCUUUUCCUGUAACAGUCUCUGAAAUUCUCAUAUCAAUAGUUUCAUAUUCAAAUCAUCAGUUUGGUUGGGUAUACAUUAAUUUGAUGCACUGUAAACCAUUCUGAUUUUAAAUUAAAAUGUAAUAUGCAUCAUUCUUGUGUGUUUAGCAGUUGACUGUUACAGAGUUUAGAGCAGUUACUGGCAUGUUAAGCAAUCGGUGGCAUCACUUAACAUUUAUUAAAUGGUAUUUGAACAUAGUUGUGUUUAAAUGCCAUUCAUUUCUAAUAAGAUAAGUUAAACAUUAAAAUAUAAAAAUAUUUCUAGGACUACUGUUUUCUCAGGAAGACUGUAAUAAGUUAAUAAAGUUAACAUUUGUUGUGUACAUAUGUUGGUAUAUGUUUCACCCUUGUCACUUAAUUUAUUUUUUUAAAACACAAACACGCAGUAAAAAUUGUAGUAGCUUAUGAUUUCUUCUUUUACAUGCUCCUGUUACGUAAGACUGUGUCUUAGAAGUUACAUUGCAUUGUUUUGGCAUGAUGUGAUUGCAGAUUUCUGCAGUUGCAAUAUAGCUGCAAGCAGCUUAUUUUGCAUGGCUGCUUUCCUGCACAAAAGCUGUAGUAGUUUCAUUCCUUUGCUUUUUAUAAUGUUUCCAUGAGGCAAAAUGAAGUUACAAUAAUUGUGUACGAAUGAAAAUUUUUAUAUGUAGCUGUACAAACUCAGGAAAUCUAAUUGGUCAGCAGACCAUAGCCAUCAUGAUAACCAUGGUGAGUCUCACUCUAAAUCAGCCAAAGUGGGAAAAACAUGAUUAGAAAUUGGUGAUUGUAAAAUAGCAGCAAGGCACUCCAGGACUGUAUGUUGUUGUGUAAAGUAUCGUUUCACCUCUUGAUAUGACCCAGAUAGGAUUGUAUUGAACAGUAAAUAACAUAUACUCUGUUGUGCCUUAUUGCUUGAUCUGUGUCUCCUAAACUUGUAAAUACUGCUUAAAUGCAAAGGACAGAAUUGAUAGCACAAAGUAAUCUCAUUAGUUAUAAUACAAUUUAGAUGUUUUGGUACAAAAAGAUUUUUAAUAACUUUGUAUCUAAAAACAUAUAUAGUCUACAUAUGGUACAUCACUGACACUUUUGUUCAUUGUGAAGUAUUAAAUUUGUGUAAUGCCUUGAA